AUGACCCGUCGAGCGUUGCAUUUCGUGUUUAAAGUUGCCGAUCGGAAACAAACCAUAAAGUUUUACACCGAAAUCCUCGGCAUGAAAGUUCUGCGCCACGAAGAGUUCGAAGAAGGCUGCCGGGCGGCCUGCAACGGCCCCUACGACCUGAACUGGAGCAAGACGAUGGUAGGGUACGGCCAGGAAGAUAACCACUUCGUCGUGGAGCUGACCUACAACUAUGGCAUCGGCAGCUACGAGCGGGGCAACGACUUCCUCGGCAUUGUCAUCCGUUCCGGCGACAUCGUCGAACGAGCGAGACGACACUCGUGGCCCGUCCAAGAGAAGGGCGACGUCGUCGCGGAGCAUCCCUGCGACGUGGUCAUGGCGCCAGGCGGGUACCCGUUCCUCGUAUGUCCCAAGAGAAACCCCGAGCGUCCUUUGCGCCAAGAUCCCGUCGAGAGGGUCAUCCUAUCGUCUUCGGACUUGGCCAGGACAACGGCCUACUGGAAGGACAUCUUGGCGAUGACUCUGGUGCAUUCCUCGGAGAAGAGCGCGGUCUUAGCCUACGCCAACGACCAGUGUCAUCUGGAGUUUAGGUACACCGCGGAGCCGAUCCGCAGAGGCACGGCGUACGGGAGGAUCGCGUUCGCUUGUCCGGCGGCCGAGUUGCAGGUUAUCGAGAACCGAGUCAAGCGGGCGGGGCAUAGGAUCUUGACGCCUCUGACCAGGCUGGACACUCCUGGCAAGGCGACGGUGACAGUGGUCAUUCUGGCGGAUCCGGAUGGUCAUGAGAUCUGCUUCGUGGACGCUGAGUCGUUCAUGUUGCUUUCGGCAGUCGAUCCCAACGCGAACCAGCUCCUGAGUAGGGCCAUAGAAAAGGACAAGAGCGACGAGUGGUUUAGGGAUAUGGCGGGUGGCAAGAAGCCUUCUGCUUGAUUCCCUCGAUCACCGUACCUCAACUAGGGGGUGCGGGAAUUUGCCUCAAUGGUGCAAUUCCACUGCACCACGUGGAGCCUCAAAGCGCAUUUCUGUGUCUGGCCAUAGCCUCCUCUAUGGUCUGGCGAACAAACGUCCUGCCUUAAUUAAUUUUUCAAGUUUUUUUUUUUUUUUUUUAUUUUUAAUUAUUAUUUUACUUUUGUACGGGUGGCGGUUGUAAUGUUGUGCCGGUGCAGUGUAUUGCCCAGACCUUUCAUCGGUUUUAUUAUUAUUUCAAUCUCGAUAGGGUUUUGGUUGUAAUGCUGUGCCGGUGCAAUGUAUCGCCUAGACCACGGUGGCCCAGACGUUUCAUCGGGGAGACCCCACCACGAAAUCGCACCUUUGGGGAUCUUGGAUCUCAAAUCUUGGAAUGCCCCAUAUAGGCAGUUUUGUGCGGUGUCCUUCGCCGCUUCAUAGAAGUCCUUGGAACACAUUUGGUCAUUUCAGAUAAGGCUCCGAUAUAUGCCGAAUUUUCUUUUACAGUGUUGGAAAAAUCUUUGGAACACAAUGUCAAGUCUAAUUAACUUUUUUUUUCUUUUUCUUAACACUGGGACACUAGGUUGAAGGUUGGUAUGAUUAAUAGGUACUACUUUCUUAGUGUACACAGUCUGCAGGAGCAGAAAAUUGUGAACUUAGUACGUCUGUUCGAUCAACACAAAUAUUUUAUUAUGCAUGGAAUUACUUCCCAUAAAAAUCGCCCCCCUUUCAAAUAUAUAUAUAUAUAUACAGUAUAUAUGCUUUAAUAUUUGUUUUCUGCGUUUUUGAGAGAGGCGUAUCUCUGAUUGUGUUUGUUUCGGUUGAGGCACUUCUACUUUGGAGAACAAUGGUGACUAUGGCUUUGGACCACUGCCAGUGUAUUCACUGAAUAAUAAAAGAAGUAUUUUUAUUGUA